AACGGUUUGAUGGAUGACAAAUCGACGUAGUUCUCAUCAGACGGAUUGUUUGGCCACAACAGACUGUUGAAUAUCGUGGUUCACGUUUAUGUGCAAUUAUGGCAGGGUUUUGCUCUCUCCCCGGAUCAUGAUGAACCAUCGUCAUCCGAAGAGAUCAGUGAAUGUUACGACUCUUGCCUUUCCUCCUUGUACCUGGCCCAGGGUAAGCGUUUGGGAAAGUCGCUGCAAGCGCAGCCCACCUCACUCUCGCAAGAGGCGAAGCAUUGCAAACGCAGCACGAAUCAUUUUUGGAGAGAGGACGGCGCUUCAGUUAGAGAUCAAAUUUACAAGCAAGAAGAGGUCUAAGCGCAGUCGCAAACCCCGUUGGUCCACUCACCUGCUAAUUCCCUUUAAAUGUGUGACUAGGGUUCAGAAGCCUUGGACUGUCAGCCACCAACUAGUGUAUUCCAAGCCCAAGGAGAAUCCUGCUGAGUGUCUGAUCAAGUCAGGGAGUUCCACUGGGCCCCUUGACACCACAGAGUCAUACAAACUUCUGCCUCAGAAAACUACUCUUAAAGCCACUGGACUACUGCCUCACAACAAUAACCUCUGUGACCCCGCAGCUGGGGGGACGACUGGUAACCGAAAUAAGCUGACAAUAAAAGGAGCUUCCACUGGUACAAAGCACCCAGAAGUGAGGACGAGGUCAGGGCCUAGCGACAACAAGACAACGGUUUCCCUCCUGUUGAUGCGGUAUCCCUCCGACGUCCAGAACCGGAGCCGGGAAGUCGGGAAGCCUCACAUCGGGAGCCUCGGGAAGGAGCGGAAAGCCAAGAAGUUUUCCAGGAUCUCCACCCUCAGGGGCCGGACGCUGAAAGCGGGGGUGCUGGGAUAUCUGAGCGGGCUGAGCGCAGAGUCCAAAGAGCUGAUCCAGGAGGUUAAUGGGGACGACCUGCUGAGGCUGAAGAGGAAGAGCCAGAAGGGGGAAGACAGGGAUGGGGUAGAGCCGGCCCAGGGAACCAUGGUGCACGACAGCUCUGUUCCCGAAACGCCGGCGGCCGGGGCAGGGCACGGGCGCACCUCCAGCCGGAAGCGGACGCCCAAGGCCUGCGACUGCUGUGGCCCAAACUGCAGGCCCCCCCAGCCCCCCCCGGCCAAGGCCCAGGCACUGGGGAAGCCCGGGAGGAGGGGCCGCAGGAAGAAGGUUCCGGAGGGGGAGCCACCCACGCACACCACGCCCACCACGCCCAGGCUGCCUGCCCUCAACGGCGCGGACGAACCGGAGGGCGACCCGCAGCAUGGCGUCGACAUGGAGGUGGAGCUGCCUGUCACAGAGGAGCUCUCACCAAUCACAGGGGUGACAUUAGCAGUCACAGGGGUGACAUUGCCGGUCACAGGGGUGACAUUGCCGGUCACAGGGGUGACAUUGCCGGUCACAGGGGUGACAUUGCCGGUUACAGGGCUGACAUUAGCGCUUACAGAGGUGACAUUACCAGUCACAGAGGUGACAUUACCAGUCACAGAGGUGACAUUGGCAGUCACAGAGUUGACCUCACCAGUCACAGAGGUGAUGUCGCCUGUCACGGAGGUGACAUCACCAAUCACGGAGGUGAUGUCGCCAGUUAUGGACAUGACAUCACCAGUCACAGAGGUGAUGUCGUCAGUCACGGAGAUGACAUCACCAGUGACGGAGGUGACAUUGUUGGAGGAAGAGCUUGUUUUGGAGUCACCCGAAUUGGAGGUGCCCGUCUUGGAGUCGCCUGAAUUUGUGGUUCCUGAGUUCUGCCCCAGUCUAUACACCAGUGCACUCCUGGACCAUCGGUACUGCAAGACCGAGGAGGCAGAGUCAGCCACAGAGAGGGGGGAGCCUAAAAAUCAACUACUGACCACAGACGUCAAUGACGAGGACCUAACAGAACUUAUUCACGAAUUCCUGGAGCACUUCUAUGGGAAGUAUGGGAGCUUUAUCCCGCUUAGUGAGACCGAUGUUCUUGAGCACCUUAACAAGAAGUUGAACUCUGACCUCACGAACAGGCAAUCCUUCAUCUUCUCGGAAGUGACAAAGUACCGGGCCGGAUUAGCCUGCGCUCCUAUGCACUAUUUCACAGUGGCCUACAACAAGCACUCUCUGACCCUGGAGGACCUCUCCACCCUGGACGAGCAAAAUUGGGUCAAUGACCAGGUGAUAAAUAUGUAUGGUGAAUUAAUUGUGGAGGCUACAAACCAUAAGGUUCAUUUUUUCAACAGCUUCUUCCACAGGCAGCUGGUAGCCAAAGGAUAUGAAGGAGUAAAGAGGUGGACCAAAAAGGUUGACCUCUUCACCAAAAGCCUGCUGCUGAUUCCCAUUCACCUUGAGAUCCACUGGUCUCUGAUCACCGUGGAUGUCACCCACCAGACCAUCCACUUCUACGACUCCCAAGGCAUCACGUUCAAGUAUGCUGUUGAGAACAUCUUAAAAUACAUUCUGGCUGAGGCUAAAGAGAAGCAACAAACGGUUUACCAGAAAGGCUGGAAGAUGAUUGCAAACAAGAGUAUUCCACAACAGAAGAACGACAGUGACUGUGGGGUGUUUGUUUUAGAGUACUGUAAGUGCCUGGCGUUGAAGCAGCCGCUGCAGUUCACGCAGGAGGACAUGCCCAGGGUCCGCAAGAGGAUUUACCAGGAGCUCUGCGAGUGCAAACUCAAAUGCUAAAGCCCAGCCCCGCGGACAUUUCCCUGUUUUUACCCAACCGGAAGGAACAAGCUGGAACUCUCUUAAGGAAAGGUAAAACAGGACGGAGUGAAAGUUUGCAGGACUUCCGCGCGUGGAGACGACCGACCGGCCUGUUCCGCCGACGGCGACACAAAAUGGCCGACCUCCACCCUCCAUUCCUCUGCUCCGCAGCACCCGGGUGCUCCGGUGCAGGUGUGCGUGUGUCCGGUACACACCAACGAAAACAGAACAUUGUCUGACGGUGAAGAUGUGCAGUUACCUCACGCUCAGCUGUCGAUUGGUCUACGAUGAUUUGCAGGCACUUCCUUUCUUGUCGCGCCAGUGUGCGCUUCUUGGACGACAGACUUCAAAAUGGCAGCUGUGGUACCAGUGAUCCCCCCCCCCCCCCCCCCCCCCUCCCCCCGCGCUGCUUGUCGCCGCUGAACACGCACUGCUUUAUCGCCGCUCCGACUGACAGCCAAAUCACAUGUAGGCUUUAUCAUGUGUUCUCAAAAAAUAUAUACUUGAAGGUUCUACUUUUUAUAAUAUUAAAUUUUCGGUCUUUAGAGUAGAUGAGGGGCAAGGAUGCGGAUAACAGGACGCUUUUAACUGAAUGUACUGACUAAGACCAGGCUUCAUUUCGUCAAGAAAGAGGGUACAUUACUGCAGGUAAAGGCUGUUGGGCUGUGGACCACUUAUGUGACUGUUAACAGUAGGAUGCAAUCAAAACUUGUUCUUAAGUAUUUUUUUUUUGUUACACCAAUUGGGAUGCGUGUUGGUUUUUAUUUCAGUUUUUGAAUACGCAGUGUGCUAAAAUGACUUUCUGGUUAAUUGGUGGUUUAAAAAAAUACUACUAUUUAAAGGCGGCCAUUUGCAUUUGUGAAACUGCCUAUGUGUGGAACCUACUGUAAAUUAGAGCGUUCAGGACACCUUUACAAAUGACAAAUGUUUAAUGCUGGGUCCAGUCACAGAAAGCAUACGUGUGCAAAAGAAACUGCACACACACUUUUACAUACUAAUGACCAACAAAUGGACUCCAACCUGCUUUUAGGAUCUUUUUUUAAGGCCUAUUGUGUAAUAUAGCUCACCCGUUGACGGAAUAAGGAUUUUCUUUGAUGUUCACAUGACUUCUGUUGAGUAAAUGCAUGGCUAUUUCCCAUGAUUUAAUUUUCAUCUUCUCGUUCAACACAAAAUAUAUUCAAAAUGUUACGUUUUUAGAGGUGUUGCCAUUUAGGAAAGCUGGCAUUUUGUUACAGUUGGUGGCCUUAUUCUGUUUUUCAUUUGUAGAAGUUCUGAGACUGAAAGGGGUACGGGGCGGAGGUUAGGGGUUCCGAUGACUUCCGUUUUAUUCCUGGCAUGUUUGUAAAGCACUUGAGAAGCCGGGCGUUCGGUCUGCGAGUAUGUGUGCUCGGCCGAUGUGAGAGACACUCAAAUAGUUGUAAAGUUACUUGAAAUGUAACAAUAAAUAAACCUCUCCUGUCAAAGUCCUGUUUUGGCUAUCAGCUAAAUGCUAAUGUAUCUUCUUACCCUGGGAGACCUUUGCAACAGAAAUAAAAAAACUCCACAGAUUUUUUUUCAAACUAAAUAUUUAAUUCACAGUGAUGCUUUAUUAUGUCUGCCUCAAAUUUGUAUUUGGAAUUUGAAGGUUAGAAAAUCGACAUGCAGAAAAAUAUUAGCCAGACUAUUUGACUGAUAUCCCAUGAGUCUAAACGCAAGUUAAAACAAAAUUGCUUUGACUUGAAUCUGAAUAAUGAAAUAAAAUUCAUAAAGAAUAUGCUGUUAAACCGAUGCAAUCCCUCAUCCUUCUUUAAUAUUAAAUGUUUUAAUGUAUUUAGUUUUAUGUAACUACUAUUAUUAAACUUUGUGACCAAGUGUGA